AGGGAGCCCGGGAGCUGCCGCGCGCCCGCCAAACGGGGCGCAGGACCCAGGCGUCCGAGUCCCGAUUCCGGUGGGGCCCCCGCCCCCGGGGCCCCCGCCCCGCCCCCGCCCUCCAGACCCGGACCCUCUGGGCCGCCCCCGCGCGAAGGGGGCUGGCCCUCGACGGCCGCAGCCAGGUGCCCUCCCGCCCCGUAUGGGCAUCGUGGAGCCGGGCUGCGGAGACAUGCUGACGGGCACCGAGCCGAUGCCAGCGAGCGAUGAGGGCCGGGCGCCGGGCGCCGACCCGCAGAACCGCUACUUCUACCCGGAGCCAGUGGUGCAGGACGCGGCCGAGCGUCGCGGGGGCGCCAGCCUGGGGGCGCCCUACGCCGGGGGCGCCCUGGUGUCCGCCCCACCGGGCCGCUUCCUCGGAGCCUACGCCUACCCGCCGCGACCCCAGGCCGCCUGCUUCCCCGGGCCCGGCGAGCCCUUCCCGCCGACGCCGGGCGCCGAGGGCUACCCGCCCGGGGAUGGCUACGCGGCCCCAGACCCGCGCGCCGGGCUCUACCCGGGGCCGCGCGAGGACUAUGCGCUGCCGGCCGGGCUGGAGGUGUCAGGGAAGCUGAGAGUCGCGCUCAACAACCACCUGUUGUGGUCCAAGUUCAACCAGCACCAGACGGAGAUGAUCAUCACCAAGCAGGGACGACGGAUGUUUCCAUUCCUGUCAUUCACUGUGGCUGGGCUGGAGCCCACCAGCCAUUACCGGAUGUUCGUGGACGUGGUCUUGGUGGACCAGCACCACUGGCGGUAUCAGAGCGGCAAAUGGGUGCAGUGUGGAAAGGCCGAGGGCAGCAUGCCAGGAAACCGCCUGUACGUCCACCCAGAUUCCCCCAACACUGGAGCUCACUGGAUGCGCCAGGAAGUUUCGUUCGGGAAACUAAAGCUCACGAACAACAAAGGGGCCUCCAACAAUGCCACUCAGAUGAUUGUGCUCCAGUCCCUCCAUAAGUACCAGCCCCGGCUGCACAUCGUCGAGGUGAACGAUGGAGAGCCAGAGGCGACCUGCAAUGCUUCCAACACGCAUAUCUUUACUUUCCAAGAAACCCAGUUCAUCGCCGUGACUGCCUACCAGAACGCCGAGAUUACUCAGCUGAAAAUUGAUAAUAACCCUUUUGCCAAAGGAUUCCGGGAGAACUUCGAGUCCAUGUAUGCAUCUGUUGACACCAGUGUCCCCUCCCCGCCUGGACCCAACUGUCAGUUGCUUGGGGGAGACCACUACUCUUCACUCCUGCCCAACCAGUAUCCUGUUCCUAGUCGUUUCUACCCUGAACUUCCUGGCCAGGCCAAGGAUGUGGUUCCCCAGUCUUACUGGCUGGGGCCCCCCCGGGAACAUAGCUACGAGGCCGAAUUUCGAGCAGUCAGCAUGAAGCCUGCAUUCCUGCCCUCGGCCCCUGGGCCUACCGUGUCCUACUACAGAGGCCAGGAGGUCCUGACACCUGGAGCUGGCUGGCCGGUGGCCCCCCAGUACCCUCCCAAGAUGGGUCCGGCCAGCUGGUUCCGCCCCAUGCGGACUCUGCCCAUGGAGCCUGGCCCUGGUGCUUCAGAGGGGCGGGGGCUAGAGGACCAGGGCUCCGCCUCCUUGUGGACUGAAAUCACCCCGCUCCGACCGGAGUCCGGGGAUUCAGGACUGGGCGAAGGAGACUCUAAGAGGAGGCGUGUGUCCCCCUAUCCUUCCAGUGGCGACAGCUCCUCCCCUGCUGGGGCCCCUUCUCCUUUUGAUAAGGAAACUGAAGGCCAGUUUUAUAACUAUUUUCCCAAUUGAGCAGAUGGCAUGAUGAAAGGAACAGAAAGAGCGUUAUCAGGUUGGAGGACACCAACUAAUGACAACAGACUCAGGACUGAGUGGUCCCCAGUUUCCUCCGAUCCUUCUCCUUUGGUAGUUGGUGGAGAAAGAGGGGGGCCAAAAUGGAUUCUGGGGUUCACUGGCUGCUCCUUGGCCCGUGGUGAACCCUGAAAGGAGUGUUCCCUCCCCUUCCUGUGCCCUAACUACAGUCAUUUACCUGGUGCUGCUUCUGGCUGUGGGUUCCCAGCUGGAGAACAGAAAACAGAGCAAGCCGGUCCCGGACACAAAGAA